GAUUUGUAAUGGAAAAAGAAUGUUCUGGACAGAAACGUCAGGUAACCAAUUGUCAGUACUCAGGCUUAAACGACCGGAUACGGGUUGCACCCUCAGACGUCUGGGCAUUUUGGACGAUUACUGGCGUUGUAUGCUGCACAUGCGACAGCUGCUCGAUUUUAAUAAAUCAUUAUUCAACCGUUGUGUGGUUCUGUACUCUACCGUUGUAUUGUUCUUCACCUGAGUAUGUGCGCUGUGGAGGAUCCUAUCCCACCGUGACGUUAGCAACCGGCACAUUCUCUGUGAUUCUGCACAGCAUGCGACAAGAAACCAUACAAUUACGAUUUGGCAUGGGAGUACGAUAAGCGUGUUACGUACAAAAUGGGAACCAUGCUGCAGCGCAUACAUCCGCAGUACACGCGUACCGUGGCGUUGACGGAGCAUCGGUAUUGUGGUCACCCGGAAUCCGGUUUCGCCAGAAGAAUGUCGAUAAUCGCCAGACUAAUGCAGCUUGAGGACCUGCGACUGCCCUUGGUUAUUGUGAAGAACGGCCGGGAUCCUGUGCAAUACGCAAGUUCCUCCUUCCUGUCCAUCCGACGCAAGCCCCGCAACGGUCAGUUGGAUUCUCCUGGGCUGUCCGAACUUAUGACCGUUUGCGACCGAUUGGUGCUGGUUAACUUUAUCGCGACGGCAACCAUCAUCGGAUCAGCGCGGCAGUUAAUGUUUCCAUAUGCUCCAUCGCAGCUACCGGAUUCCGAGAUACCGUUCUUUCGCCUGAACCCUGCUUCGGACUGCUGUGAAGUCAGCAUUCCCAUUCUGCGUUUCAACUGUACGGACACGGCCGAGUGCCAGCGGCGAGCGCUUCUGGCAGCGGCUAACGCCCAGUGUCCGCCCGUCAGUCAGCGGGUGUUGGAAAAGGUCAAAGCAAUUCAUGCGCGUUGGGUGCGGACGUUCGGCUAUCCGGAUGAAUGGGCGGGUAUUCGAAAUUUCUUGCAGGUGUUUAAUAAUCUUAGCCCGGAAGACAAUCCACAGCGAUGGGACUCGAUGGAUCUCCGCCAACUGGACAUCGCCUCGUUGAGCAAUGCGACCUUUGCAGCUCUGAAUGGAUUCUAUAAAGACUGAAGGAGACAUGAACAGAAUUAUCGAUCUACAGAUUAUGUUCUCGUAUUCAUUAACUCAUGACAAUAUUUGCUUACUUAAAUUAAAGCACACCCUUUACACAGUUAUAGCACACAAUUUCUUUUGUAUUUUAGUGUUGAUUAAUUCUUCGUGAAAGUUCUUUUGUUGUUGUUGGCUGCAUCCUUGCGAUUUCGUACAUGGGUCUCAUCGACAUGAACAAGAAGAAGAAUUUUCUUCG